UUUCAAUCGCUUUUUGUUGGAUCGCCUGUCAGCGUCACACUCCAGUUUUAAUUCAACUCGCAAGUCGAUCGUUUCGUCGUUUUAGUUUACGCAAAGUUUAAUUAAAACUACCUGCAUACGAAUCUCAAUUUCGAUUUUACGUACACCGAGAAAAUGAGAGCCUUUUCGCUGUUCACCGCAUUGGUGGUGCUUGUUGCAGCAUUCGCCACAGUGGCACAAGCAUCCUUCUGUCCUUGUGAUCUCACGCAAAAAGGACAAAUAUGCGGUUCGAAUGGCAUCACCUACAAAAAUCGCUGUGAGUUCGAGUGCACUCAGAAGGACUACAAGAAGUUGGGUCGCACGUUAAACAUCGCCAAGACGGGUGCCUGUUAAGCUUGAUGAAAAUAAAAUGGAUUGAGGAGAGCAGUGGAGGCCAUGCUUUGUUGUUUGUGACAGGUGUAUCAGAUAGUAGUGGUUAAAUGAGAUACUGGGCGUUUGGUGGUGGAAGUUGAGUUUAAGGUAAAACGGAAGGAAAUCUACAAGAAACAUUGGUUGAAUGAAGCAACGUACAAAUACAUAUUUACAUGUAUAAAUAUUUAUUAUGUGAUUGGUUGUUAGAGUAAAAGAGAUUAAUCAGUAGCAGCGACAUAUACAUACCUACAUACAUACAUAUAUAUAUAUAUAGUGGCAAUUAUGCGACACACUCUAGUUAUUUUGACCAUAUUGAGAUUUUAAGCACUUAUUGUGACUGCAAUAAUAAUAACCAAUUAAAAUGGAAUUAAUAAAUUAUAGCGUACUCGGUUGAAAUCCAAAUGUAAGUGUUUAAUUUAACGUCAGUCUGAUCGAGAUGCUUCACCAA